AUUUUUCCAUAGAAUAUCAAACCAUACCACCGUACCUUCUCACAGGGAAAAUAAAAAAGAAAUAAAAUUCACAUUCACAUCGCAAUCAUCAUCAACAGCAGCACCAGAAACACCGUUCCCGUCCACAGAACCUGUUCGCCAUUCGCGUGCUCACUUACCGACAUCCACUCGCCGCCGAUCUGCGUUGCUUCUCACGCCGAACCUAAGACGUACAGAUAAACUUUUUUUUUUUGUUGAAGAUAGGGAGGGGAGGUUGUGGGUUGUGGCUUGGUACUUGAGCUAAGCAAGGACUCUGGUUGACUUUGGAAAUUGGAAGUUUUGGUUGUCAUGCAGAUUGUGCUUAAUUGGAACCAUGGUUGCGUGGGGUUACUAUUUUUGGGACUGUUGGGGUGGAAGUAAGGUUAAUUGGUUGUGAUUCCGUGUGGUUAACUUUGUACUGUGAGUGAAUUAAGUUGAGGAUUUUAGUGACCGGGGUUUUUGGUUGUGACCAUGGAGGCUAGAUUUGGUGCGGAAGCUUAUCAUUUUUUUGGCGUGGGUGCUUCGUCGGAUUUGAGGGGUGUGGGGAAGAGGUCCUCGGAGUGGGACUUGAAUGAUUGGAGAUGGGAUGGCGAUCUGUUCAUAGCAAGCCGGUUGAAUCCAGUGCCAGCGGAUGGUGUGGGAGUGGGACAGCAGUUUUUCCCUCUAGGGUCUGGGAUCCCGGUGGUUGGAGGUCCCUCCAACAGUUCUUCCUGCUCUGAGGAACUAGAUCCUAGGGAUCCCAAGGGGAACAAGGAAGGGGACAAGAAAAGGAGAGUUAUUGUGCUGGAGGAUGAUGGUUUGAAUGAGGAAGCGGGUCCUCUUAGUUUAAAGCUUGGUGGGCAUGCUUCUGCAGGGGUGGAUAGGGAAGUUGCGAGCUGGGAUGGUAUGAAUGGGAAGAAGAGUAGAGUAUCUGGAAGUACUUCAAAUCGAGCUGUUUGUCAGGUGGAGGACUGCAGUGCUGAUCUGAGCAAAGCUAAGGAUUAUCACAGACGACAUAAAGUUUGUGAGAUGCAUUCCAAGGCCAGUAGGGCACUUGUCGGAAACGCAAUGCAGAGAUUCUGUCAACAAUGUAGUAGGUUUCACAUGCUUCAAGAGUUUGAUGAAGGAAAGAGAAGCUGCAGAAGACGCUUGGCGGGACAUAAUAAACGAAGAAGGAAAACUAAUCACGAACCUGUUCCUAGUGGAAGUUCAUUAAAUGAUGAUCAGACUAGUAGCUAUCUGUUGAUAAGUUUAUUGAAGAUACUUUCAAAUAUGCACUCUGACAGGUCAAAUCAGACUACAGAUCAGGAUCUACUAACUCAUAUUCUGAGGAGUCUUGCUAGUCAGAAUGGCGAGCAAGGGGGCAAGAGCAUUUCUAACCUUUUGCAAGAACCAGAGAAUUUGUUGAGAGAAGGUGGUUCAUCAAAGAAGUCAGAGAUGGUGUCAACUUUAUUCUCCAAUGGUUCUCAAGGCUCCCCAACUGUUACAAGACAGCAUGAAGCUGUGUCCAUGGCUAAACUGCAGCAACAAGUAAUGCAGGCACAUGAUGCUAGGGCCUCUGAUCAGCAAAUUACAUCUUCUAUAAAGCCUAGCAUGUCAAACAGUCCUCCGACCUACUCAGAAGCCAGAGACAGUACUGCUGGACAGAUCAAGAUGAAUAAUUUUGAUUUGAAUGACAUAUAUAUUGACUCAGAUGAUGGUAUGGAAGAUCUAGAAAGAUUGCCUGUCUCAACAAACCUUGUAACUAGCUCUCUUGAUUACCCAUGGGCACAACAAGAUUCUCAUCAGUCAAGUCCACCUCAAACAAGUGGAAAUUCUGAUUCUGCUUCUGCCCAGUCUCCUUCUAGUUCCAGUGGAGAAGCUCAGAGUCGCACAGAUCGAAUUGUUUUUAAGCUCUUUGGUAAAGAGCCAAAUGAUUUUCCUCUUGUACUUAGAGCACAGAUUCUUGACUGGUUAUCUCACAGUCCUACUGAUAUGGAGAGCUACAUAAGGCCCGGUUGUAUUGUUUUGACCAUUUAUCUGCGUCAGGCUGAGGCUUCGUGGGAGGAACUUUGCUAUGAUCUGACUUCCAGUUUGAAUAGGCUGUUGGAUGUCUCUGAUGACACUUUUUGGAGAAAUGGAUGGGUUCACAUCAGGGUGCAGCAUCAGAUGGCCUUCAUUUUUAAUGGUCAAGUUGUCAUAGAUACUUCCUUACCCUUCAGAAGUAACAACUAUAGCAAGAUUUUGACUGUUAGUCCAAUUGCUGUGCCAGCAUCAAAGAAAGCUCAAUUUUCUGUUAAGGGUGUCAACCUGAUACGCCCUGCCACUAGGUUAAUGUGUGCUUUAGAAGGGAAAUAUCUGGUCUGUGAAGAUGCUCAUAUGUCAAUGGAUCAGGGCUCCAAUGAGCCUGAUGAACUUCAGUGCGUCCAGUUUUCUUGUUCUGUCCCUGUGAUGAAUGGAAGAGGAUUUAUUGAGAUUGAGGACCAGGGUUUGAGUAGCAGCUUUUUUCCUUUCAUUGUUGUGGAGGAGGAUGUUUGCUCAGAAAUCUGUACACUUGAGCCUCUUCUAGAAAUUAGUGAAACUGACCCUGAUAUUGAAGGGACUGGAAAAGUUAAAGCCAAAAAUCAAGCCAUGGAUUUUAUUCAUGAAAUGGGUUGGCUUCUGCACAGAAGCCGGUUGAAAUUAAGGAUGGUUCACUUGAACUCUACCGUUGAUCUCUUUCCAUUGAAACGGUUCAAGUGGCUUAUUGAGUUUUCCAUGGAUCAUGAUUGGUGUGCAGCAGUGAAAAAACUUCUAAAUCUAUUGCUUGAUGGAACUGUAAACACAGGAGAUCAUCCUUCCUUGUAUCUUGCACUUUCAGAUAUGGGACUCCUUCACAAAGCUGUACGAAGAAAUAGCAAGCAGUUAGUGGAGUUGCUUUUGAGAUAUGUUCCUGAGAAUAUUUCAGAUGAACUAGGACCUGAGGUCAAGGCUCUAGUUGAUGGAGAGAACAAGACCUUCUUGUUUAGACCUGAUGUUGUGGGUCCAGCUGGUUUGACACCACUCCAUAUAGCAGCUGGGAAAGAUGGUUCCGAGGAUGUGCUCGAUGCUUUAACUAAUGAUCCUUGCAUGGUUGGAAUUGAAGCAUGGAAAAACGCUCGUGACAGCACAGGCUCUACACCCGAGGAUUAUGCACGUUUACGUGGUCACUAUGCUUAUAUUCACUUGGUGCAGAAGAAAAUUAACAAGAGACAUGGAGCAGCUCAUGUGGUUGUUGAAAUUCCAAGUAACACGACAGAGAGCAAUACAAACCAGAAGCAAAAUGAGUCAUCCACUAGCUUUGAGAUUGGAAAGCCUGCAGUUAGGUUUAGCCAAGGGCAUUGUAAACUCUGUGACAGUAAAAUUUCCUGCAGAACCGCAGUAGGUAGGUCUUUGGUGUACAGACCUGCGAUGCUCUCAAUGGUAGCCAUAGCUGCAGUAUGUGUCUGUGUGGCCCUUCUGUUUAAGAGCUCUCCUGAAGUAAUAUGUAUGUUCCGACCCUUCAGAUGGGAAACUUUGGACUUUGGAACAAGCUAA